AUGAAUGCAAGAGUCCAAAUAAAGGAACUGAAGGAGGUCACUUUUCUACGAGAAGAGAUUCCCUCGACUCUAAACAUCGCGAUGCUCUCGAAUGUCAGCAAUAACCAACGUAUUAAUCGCAAAGCCAAAGUGGUCCACUUAUCUGGAGUGAAGAAAAUAAUCACAAGAGAUGGCACGAAGUCGAAAGCUGAUUGUUGCCUCGUGGAUCCAUCUGGAUCAAUCAAACUGACCCUGUGGGAGGACCUGAUUACAGAAGUUGCAGACGACAACACAUAUAACUUCUGUAACCUUAAAGUAAGGAAGGAUAAUGACAACUACUCCAUUUACCUUACUACACCAAAGCAUGACUGUUUCAUUUCACCAGCUGAUCCCUUCCAAGAGGAAGUAGCUUCACCAGUUGAUUUGCCAGACUACUUCACCCAAACAUCAACAAAUGCUGCAGUCCUUGGUGUUCAAAAUUUCAUGUGCUAUCGCCAAUGUUGCAAAUGUAACAAAAAGCUUCUAGCAACACCAGGGAAUACGGCUUGGGCAGCUUCGCACGCUAAGGCUUUAUUUCUUUUCACAGUAUUAUCAAGAUCUUGCAGUGACUUAAAGAGGCUCGAUCCUAAAGCGAAAAGCGGAAUCUGUCUGAUAGAUCCUGAUGGUGAAGGAGGAUUCCUGCCUUUCCUCGUUACCUGUGAAAUGACUGACAAAGACGGAGUUGGUGUGACUGUCAUAAGUCAUGACAGCGAAAAAAGGACUUUGGUGGAUGGUUAUGAAGCCCCGGGGUCCUACUCGCGAAGUAUAUUCUACAAAGAAGCGAACAUAUCUCAACUGGUGAGUCUCAUCAACGUUUCCCAGCAGUGUGAGCAGUUCAUUAAGUACGAGUGCCGUGGUUCUACAUUGAAAGAUGGCUUUUGGCUAUCACGUGAUUCUGAGAGAAUGACCUACUGGAGUGGUGAAGCACCUGAAAGUGACAUGUGCGCAUGCGGAAUCAACAAAUCAUGUGCAAAACCAUCAAAGAAUUGUAACUGUCAUGUGAAUGACAAUGUAUGGCGUCAAGAUAGUGGUUUCCUUACUAACAAGACACAUCUGCCAGUUAAGCAGCUGAGGUUUGGGGAUACAGGUACAGGUGCAAACGAAGACGAGAUGGGUUACCAUACAUUGGGAAAGUUUAAGUGUUACGGAAUCGCUUGAUUGUAAUGAAUAACCAAUUUAAAUCGUCCCGUCUAACAGAAAACUUAUGACAACUAUUGCAAGACAGUCAUUGAUUCUUAUGAAUGGUUUAUUUAUUUAAUUUUUAUAAAUUAUUUCGCGAGGCAAUAUUUCACAACGAUGAUUUGAUAAUGCGAAAAAUAACUCACAGUACCCUAUUCAGUUAUUUUAUUUAUUUAUUAACCGGCAGUAUUUAACCUGGCUGGCUCAGUUUAGCUCAAAGCUCGUUUGAAUGGGGACCUGUAUAAAGAAUAUAAAUUCGACAAAACAUUGAUCGACAUAUAUCACUGAACUGUCAAGAUAUCGUAGCUUCGUGAGCUAGUGUAAAACCUCUGCAUGGUGAUUGCGACGAAUUCUGUUAAGACCAGCUAUGCUGUGAUUUUAACCAUUUACACUUGUAAUUUUUUAAGAAUAAUGAUCGAUUUAUGAACUCGUUUACGAGUAAACCAUAUCUCGAUAAUUCUAUAUGAUGGAGGUGUAUAAUGUUUUCUGCGUGUACUCAUAACCAAAACUCGACUUGGGUUAGUGUUAUUGAAUAUAUAGCUCCCAUUAUGUAAAUACGUGGUGCUAUUGGUGUUUCGAAUAAUUCUAGAUCUAGUGGCAACAUUUAUUUCCGUUUUUGGAUGUAGAACUCAAGACACGAAUAUUACUCUUAUAUCACCGUAGAUUUAAAGUUGUAAAUAAUUGAGGAGGACAUGUAAUUUGGCAUCUUUUUGAAGAGUUCUUGAACUCACUAAAAUAUUGAGUUGUUAGGCAGCUUGUUAGCUUUUUAUAUCACACUGGCUGUAUUAUUAAAUAUGUAAUGACUUACAUUUGUAAAAGCUGAGUAAAACAAGUUUACUAA